CGUGCGCCCUCAGCUGCUGCGGCCAUAUUGACGAUUAACAAUGAAUGCUGCUGCUGAGUAAUCCGUGAGUCGUAAUCAUGCAUUUGUGACGAAAAUUGGAGAAAUACUGGAAGAUUCGAGGGCUGUGAUAGUCUAAAAUGGAUUUGUGAUCCCUCGUUCAGGGUCAAUCGGACGCCAAAAGAGCCCAAUAACACAAGAUUCCAGUUGCUGAUCAAACGGAACCAAAGCCUGCAAGAUGGCUGAGGUGGAUCCAGAAACGUUGCUGGAAUGGCUCAACACGGGCCAGGGUGAGGAGAGGGACAUGCAGUUGAUUGCGCUGGAGCAGCUGUGCAUGUUGCUGCUCAUGUCAGACAAUGUUGAUCGCUGCUUUGAGUCAUGCCCCCCGAGGACUUUCCUCCCGGCCCUGUGCCGAAUUUUUUUGGACGAGUGCGCUCCAGACAAUGUACUGGAGGUCACGGCCAGAGCCGUCACUUAUUACCUGGAUGUCUCUGCCGAAUGCACCAGACGCAUCGUGGCCAUGGAUGGCGCCGUCAAGGCCAUUUGCAAUCGCCUUGUUGUGGCAGAAGUGGCUUCCAGGACUGCCAAAGACCUUGCAGAACAGUGUAUCAAGGUCUUGGAAUUGAUUUGCACCCGCGAAGCUGGUGCCGUCUUUGAAGCUGGCGGCCUCAACUGUGUGCUUGGCUUCAUCCGAGACCAUGGCUGGCGUGUGCACAAAGACACGCUCCACUCGGCCAUGGCCGUCGUCUCUCGAUUGUGCACCAAAAUGGAGCCUCACGAGGCCUCCUUGCCUGCUUGCGUGUCCGCUUUGUCCGACCUGCUUAAACACGAAGACCCGCACGUUGCCGACGGAGCUCUGCGCUGCUUUGCUUCCCUGGCGGACAGGUUCACCCGUCGAGGAGUGGACCCUCAACCCCUGGCACAGCACGGCCUUGUUACUGAGCUGCUUGUGCGAUUGUCGUCUGCUGCCGGCGCAACGCCUGCUCUUCCCAGCACUCCUGGAGCGGCUGGCGCAUCCUCCGCCACUCCAGAAACCUCAAAGUCGUCUGCUUCCGUGUCUACCAUCAUCAGUCUGCUGUCCACCCUUUGCAGAGGCAGUCCGGGCAUCACACACGAUCUACUCAGGUCUGAACUGCCGGAUGCCAUUGAAAAAGCCCUCAAGGGAGACGAAAGGUGCACACUGGAUACUAUGCGCCUUGUCGAUCUGCUUCUUGUCCUCCUUUUCGAAGGUCGCAAAGCUUUGGCCCAGAAAGGCUCAAGCGUGAUCUCGGGAAGCCAACUGCCUCGUCUCCGCCGUAUGGAAGGCGUUGGAGAAAAAACGCAUCGCCAAUUAAUUGACUGCAUCCGUAGCAAAGACACUGAUGCUCUAGUUGAAGCCAUUGAUUCAGGAGGCAUUGAGGUCAACUUCAUGGAUGAUGUGGGCCAGACCCUUUUGAAUUGGGCCUCGGCCUUUGGAACCCAGGAAAUGGUAGAGUUUUUGUGCGAGCGCGGCGCUGAUGUGAACAAAGGCCAACGCUCGUCAUCUCUUCAUUACGCUGCCUGCUUCGGCCGCCCGGCCAUUGCCAAAGUUCUUCUAAGGCAUGGUGCCAAUCCUGAUCUGCGCGACGAAGAUGGGAAAACGCCUCUAGAUAAAGCUAGAGAACGUAAUGAUGAGGGUCACCGAGAAGUGGCAGCCAUCCUUCAAUCUCCUGGCGAGUGGGUUUUAGAGAAAGAGAAAAAGCCAGAAUGUGAAGCCGAGGAAACUUCCGAGCCCAGAGGUGACCCAGACAUGGCCCCAGUUUAUCUUCGGCGCUUGCUGCCUGUGUUUUGCGCCACCUUCCAAAGCACCAUGCUACCUUCUGUGCGCAAGGCCAGUCUGAGUCUUAUCAAGAAAAUGGCACAUUACAUUCAGCCAAAUUUACUAUCUGAGCUUUGUGGUGGUGAAAACAACUGCGGAUGCAUUGUUGUCGAAGUAAUUGCUACGGUGUUAGACAACGAGGAGGAUGAAGAUGGCCACCUUGUUGUCUUGAAUGUGAUUCAAGACCUCAUGUCAAAGGCACCAGAGGCUUUUCUGGAUCACUUUGCUAAACUAGGAGUUUUCACAAAAGUGAUGCAGUUGGCAGGUCCACAAGAGCAACAACAAGAGGCUGCUGGAGGUUCAGAUGAAGCUGUCGCUGAAGAUUCCUCUGUUGAAGAAGCCAGAGAGAUCCUGAUGGGAAAAGCUUACCACUGGAGAGAUUGGAGCCUGUGCAGAGGACGCGACUGCCUGUACAUGUGGAGUGAUGCUGCAGCCUUAGAAUUGAGCAAUGGAAGCAAUGGAUGGUUCCGCUUCAUACUUGAUGGGAAGCUUGCUACAAUGUAUUCAAGUGGCAGCCCUGAAGGUGGUGCAGACACCUCAGGAAAAGGACGAAAUACAGAGACCCUUACCACUGAAGAGAGUAGAGGCGAAUUCUCGGAAAAAUUGCAAAGGGCCAGGUCUCAAGUGAAGCCGAAUACUCCUACCCAGCCAAUCUUGAGCAAGCCAGGACCAACUAGAUUGGUUGUUGGAAACUGGGCAAUUGCUUGUAGGAAAGAAGGAGAGCUGCAUAUUCACAAUUCUGACGGCCAGCAGCAGCAAGCAACAAUUUUAAGAGAAGAUCUUCCUGGAUUUAUUUUUGAGUCAAACAGAGGCACAAAACACUCAUUUAUUGCUGAAACAUCUUUGGGGCCUGAAUUCUCUGCUGGAUGGACUGGUAAACGAGGAAAAAGACUGAGAUCCAAACUUGAAGCCAUGAAGCAGAAGGUCAAGGUUUUGGCACAAGAGAUAUAUGAUAAAUACUUCAGAGCCGCACAGGCACAACCUCGUGGAGUUGUGGCUAAACUAGGAAAUAUUGUUGCACAGAUUGAACGUGCCUGCCAAAAACAAAGCAUGCCAGCCCGAGAGUACGGCGCUGGAUGGAGAGAGCUGCUGACAGGAGCACUUAAGGAGUUAGCUGCUCUCCUGAGAGAGGAAGGAGUGGUUUCUGCCUACGAACUGCAUAGCUCGGGACUGGUCCAGGCACUUCUUGGCUUGCUUGCCACAAGUCGAUGGGACGAUGAGUCAAACGGACGUCGAGCCAAGCUGCACAAACAACGCGUGCAUCUUUUUAAUAAGUGUUUUGGAGAAGCUACUGAAUCCGCAGGACCUAGCUCAGCUCUGGUUCUUGUCAGAAAAUUGGUUGCUGUUCUCGAGUCCAUAGAAAAAUUCCCUGUUUACCUGUAUGAUACUCCGGGCGCUGGUUAUGGUCUCCAAGUUUUGACUAGAAGGCUGCGCUUCCGCCUGGAAAAAGGAAAUGGGGAAAGCUCGCUCAUAGAUCGAACCGGAAGAAGCCUUAAAAUGGAGCCCCUCAGUACUGUUUCUCAACUUGAAAGGCACCUGCUCAAGAUGGUGGCCAAGCAGUGGUACGACUUUGAGAGGUCAACAUUUGCAUUUGUGCAUAAAUUAAAGGAAGGGAGUGACAUCACUUUCAAGCAUCAACACGACUUUGAUGAGAACGGCCUUUUGUAUUGGAUUGGCACCAAUGCUAAAACAUCUCCUGAAUGGGUCAAUCCUGGUCAGUAUGGUCUGGUUGUCGUUACUUCCUCGGAGGGACGAAAUUUGCCUUACGGCCGUCUUGAAGAUAUUUUAAGCCGGGAAUCAUCAGCACUGAAUUGCCACACCAAUGAUGACAAGAGAGCCUGGUUUGCUAUUGAUUUAGGAGUAUGGCUUAUCCCUACAAGCUACACGUUGCGCCAUGCAAGAGGCUAUGGUAGAUCUGCAUUGAGGAAUUGGCAACUUCAGGUGUCUAAGGAUGGCAUCAUGUGGACUACACUUUACAGUCAUUCUGAUGAUUGUUCUCUCAAUGAGCCUGGAAGCACUGCAUCGUGGCCUCUUGCUCCAUCUGCUGAAGAAACUCAGGGAUGGAGACACAUUCGAAUUCAGCAAACAGGCAAAAACGCAUCUGGCCAAACGCAUUACUUGAGUUUGUCAGGGUUUGAAAUCUAUGGCACUGUGACUGGAGUAUGCGAAGACUUGGGAAAAGCUGCCAAAGAGGCAGAAGCAAACCUGCGCCGUCAACGUCGGCUUCUUCGGACACAAGUUCUGAAGCACCUCACUGUUGGAGCAAGAGUUGUUCGCGGCUUGGAUUGGAAAUGGCGAGAUCAGGAUGGAAGUCCUGCAGGCGAAGGAACAGUGACAGGUGAACUUCACAACGGUUGGAUUGAUGUCACUUGGGACCAUGGAGGUUCAAACUCGUACAGAAUGGGCGCUGAAGGAAAAUACGACUUGAAGUUGGCUUCUGACCCUGAAGCAUCAGCUGCCCCUAAGAAAAAAACAGAGGGAAACAAAAGCAGUGUACUUACUAGCAGAAAAUCAAGCUCCACUCCUAGUUUGCCAGAAGCCACAACUGAUUCCAAAAACUCAGUGGCCAGUACUGAUCAAGCAGCGUCUGCGGACAAUCUGGCUGCAAAGCAAGCCGCUGAGGCCAUUGCAGAAAGCGUCCUCUCGGUGGCUAGAGCUGAGGCAAUUGUGGCAGUCACUGGUGAAAACCAAGCUGCCGCUGCAGCUCCUGCUUCUGGCAGCGAACUUUCUGUUGUUGUGCAUGCUCUUCGUGAUGCUGAACUUGUCAUGGGUGGCGAUCUUGCGACUAUUGUUGAGAGCCUAGCUCUUGGUGAAACUCAGCAAGGCAAAGCUAACCGCAGUGUCAAGGUGGCAAGUGAUGAAGGGGCGGCAUCUUCGUCAGCCAACAACCAGAACAACAGUGGUAAGAAGGAUAAGAGUGUGAGUGUGCCCAACCUAUCGGACUUCAUCACGCGACGCCGCCCAGCAGCAGCGGCGCCGCCCUCGCCCUCCCCUGCUCCAUGCAGAGGUGGUGGCGUUUCGAGCCUUGUCCGACUCGCCCUCUCAUCCAACUUCCCAGGUGGUUUGCUGAGCACAGCACAGAGCUAUCCAAGCCUCAGUUCUAGCGGAUCAACUGCAGCAACCGGGUCAGUGUCCACGUCAUCUGGAGCUGGAGCCUGUUUGAAUCAAGCGCUCACCAUGAGCUUGACCUCGACCUCAAGUGAAAGUGAACAAGUGAGUUUGGAGGACUUCCUUGAAAGCUGUCGCGCGCCCACGCUUCUAGCAGAGCUAGAGGACGAUGAUGAGUUGCCGGAGCCUGACGAAGAUGAGAAUGAUGAUGAUGAAAACGAAGAUGAUGAUGACUAUGAGGAGGUCAUGGUUAGCAGAACUUUGCUUGCACUCAUGAACCAACGUAUGUUUCAGGAGGAGGAAGGUUAUGAAGCUGCAGUUCGUGGCUCUGCCCUUGGUGGCAAACGCCGCAGCUGGGACGAUGAGUUUGUUUUGAAACGGCAGUUUUCUGCUCUUAUACCCGCCUUUGAUCCAAGACCUGGUCGGACAAAUGUCAAUCAAACCACCGAUCUAGAGGUGCCUCCUCCUGGCUCUGAAGACUCAUGCAGUUCAAAAGAGGCAACCCUCCUUCCCCAACCAAAGCUUAAGCUGGUCCUUAAAGGCCCAAAUUUGCCUGGAGUGCCAGAUCAAGAGGUUUCGUUGGAAGACCCGGACUGGACAAUUUUUAGAGCUGUCCAGCAGCUGGUUGAAACGGCCGAGCUUGGAAACCGCCAAGAAAAAAUGCGGCGCGUUUGGGAACCAGUUUACACGAUUAUAUAUAAAGAAGAUUGCCAAGGAUUGCUCGAGUAUCCGAGACAAAAGUCAACACCGAUCAGCAGUCCACUUGCAGCCUGCUCAGUUGAAGAUGUUCUGCAGCUGCUGCGACACCUGUAUGUGAUAAGUCUCAGCAAGGAUGAAAACGCUUCGUUCCUUAAUGAGGAUUCUGGCGAGAGGGACCUGGGAGUGCCCCCAGAGGAGUUCACAAGCAAAAAGAUUACUAACAAAAUAAUGCAACAAAUCCAAGAUCCUCUCGUCCUGUCUUCGGGCGCUUUGCCCCCGUGGUGCGAGGAACUGAAUCACUCGUGUCCGUUCCUCUUCCCAUUUGAAACGCGCCAACUAUAUUUCGGCUGCACUGCGUUUGGUGCCUCUCGCUCAAUUGUGUGGCUCCAAACCCAAAGGGAUGUGACCCUUGAGCGCCAGCGUGCGCCUGGCCUCAGCCCUCGGAGGGAUGACCCUCACGAGUUCCGAGUUGGCCGACUUAAACAUGAACGAGUGCGUGUGCCCAGGGGCGAACUGCCCUGGGCCGAGCAAGUGAUGCGACUCCAUGCGGAGAGAAAGUCUAUUUUAGAAGUCGAGUUCACUGGUGAAGAAGGCACAGGCCUUGGCCCCACCCUUGAAUUCUAUGCCCUGGUCGCUGGUGAAUUGCAGAGACGCGACCUCGGCCUCUGGCUGUGUGAUGAUGAAGGACCGGAGGAACCGAAAACACCCUCUGAUCCUGGAUAUUAUGUUCGAAGACCCUGCGGACUGUUCCCAGCUCCCCUGCCCCAAGACUCGACCGCCUGUGAUCGAGCAGUCCGUUACUUCCACUUUUUGGGCGUUUUUCUUGCUAAGGUCUUGCAAGACAACCGGCUGGUGGAUCUGCCCUUGUCGCAACCGUUCCUUAAGCUCAUGUGUCACGGAGACAUCAGGACAACAGUCAAUGAAAGGAUUGGCAUCCUUCCGAGCAGUGCCACCGAAGAAGAGGUCAUGAUGUCCUCUUAUAUCAGUGAGGAGAGUGAAAAAGAGCUGGAACUUGACCCUCCAAAGCUAUUCACUGAGGAUUCAAAGCCAUGGUUUUCUGGAAUACUGGGCCAUGAAGAUCUCCUGUCUGUGGACGAAGUCCGUGGAUUCUUCUUGCAGCAAUUGCAGGACCUGGCUGCGCGCAAAAACCGCAUCUUGCAGGAUAACACUCUGAGCGCUGAGGCACGCAACCACCAAGUUGCCAAUCUGGCCCUGCCAGUGGGCCCUGGUGGCUCGGUGGUGCGUCUUGACGAUCUUGCCCUCACCAUGCAGUACCUUCCCUCUUCUCGAUGUUUCAACUACGUUGCUGCAGACCUGAGAUCUGGUGGCGGCGACGAAGACAUCCGACUGGAGAACGUCGAAGAGUAUAUUGAUCUCACGCUGAAGUUCUGCCUGGAGAUAGGCAUCCGGCGCCAAAUGGAGGCCUUCAGGGAAGGUUUCAACAGGGUCUUUAGUCUGGAUAAGCUGCGCGCAUUCAGUCCGGAGGAGGUGCGGCUCAUGGUGUGUGGAAAUCAAAACCCGCAAUGGACUAAGGAGGACGUGAUCAAUUACACCGAGCCAAAACUGGGCUACACUAGAGACAGCCCUGGUUUCUUGCGUUUUGUUGACGUCCUGGUUGCAAUGAACGCCGAGGAGAGAAAAGCAUUCCUCCAGUUCACUACGGGCUGUUCGUCCCUGCCACCUGGUGGAUUGGCCAAUUUGCACCCUCGCCUCACAGUGGUGCGCAAAGUUGACGCUGGAGAGGGCAGCUUUCCUUCAGUCAACACCUGUGUCCACUACCUGAAGCUGCCCGAUUACCCGACGGAGGAAAUCUUAAGAGAACGUCUUUUGGCGGCCACUAGGGAGAAAGGAUUCCACCUGAAUUAAAGCACGAAGCCUCAUUCCCUGUACAGACAAUGCAACAAAUAAAUAAAUAUUAAUUGAUCUAAAGUUAGAGUGGUAAAUAAAUCUAU